AUGUUACAUUGGAAACAAGGCGUUUUUCCGGUUUUGUUGAGUAACGGUUUCCAAAACCUUCGGCUCAAUAAGCAUCCAUUCUACCGAUUUCGUCUGUUUUCCCUGCUCAUUGUUGCACCUCUGGCGAUUUUGUCUCUUUUCACCCUUUGGUUUGGAUACAAACAUGUUAGUUACAGUAUUUAUCAUCCCCCACUGCGAGCUUUGAAUGAAACCAUUGAUGCUGUAUUCUCUCAUGGGUGUAAAAAUGUCGCCCUGGAAGCACAAAUGCACCCUCGAAUGAAUGCUACAUUCGUCGUCUUGGCAAGAAAUUCCGAAGUUGACGGAGUCGUGUCCUCCAUGCGUUCAGUAGAAAGCCAUUUCAACAGACACUUCAACUAUCCUUACGUGUUUUUAAACGAUGUUCCCUUUGACGAUAAUUUUAAGGAUGCAGUGUUAAAGGAAACAUCGGCAUUUGUUGAAUUUGGAACGCUGGACGCCGAGAGCUUUGGAUUUCCAAACUGGGCAAACCUCGAAGUGGAGAAGGAAGAAAUUGCCAAACAGGGGGAUCUUGGAAUUAUGUAUGGUGAUAUGGAAAGCUAUCACCACAUGUGCCGCUUUUUCUCUGGAUUCUUCUACAAGCAUCCACUCAUGCAAAAGUACCAGUGGUAUUGGCGAGUUGAGCCUGACAUUGAAUUCACUUGUGACAUUACCUACGACCCUUUCUAUUACAUGGACAUCAACAAAAAAAUGUAUGGGUUUGUGAUUGCCAUAAAAGAAUUAGAAGACACAGUUCCAAACAUGUUUCGUUACGUAUCAGCGUACAAACGUGAACACAAACUCGACUCUGAUUUAUGGGACUUCUUCAUUACUAAAAAGGACAAGAAAGCUCGCUCUGCGAUGCCGUUAACUACCAUUGAUAAGAAAGCUCAAAUCAUGCAUGCGUUUAAGAACUUUCCUCAAAACUCACUGAAGGGUCUCCUUGUGGAUGAGAAUGCAGAUUCAACUACACAGAUGGAGGGUGAUGCCUACAACAUGUGUCAUUUUUGGAGCAACUUUGAGAUAGCAAACUUGGACUUAUUUCGGAAUGAUGAAUACGAACAAUUUUUUCAUGAAAUGGAACAAACCGGAGGAUUUUGGCGUGAACGGUGGGGAGAUGCUCCCUUUCACUCCCUAGCGGCAGGUCUCCUCUUGCGAAAAGAACAACUUCACUAUUUCCGUGACUUUGGUUACAGACAUUCUGACAUUUAUCAUUGUGGCCAAAAUUUGGGCUGCAACUGCGAAUGUCUCCCAAACAUUGAGGAAAUUGAAGCGAAGCCUGGUGCCUGUAUUAAGGAAUGGGCAGACAUUAUGGGCGGCUUUUUAGACUAG